CUGCAUUUGAACUUCCAUGUAUAUAUACUAUCACAAGCUCAUCGGAGACAUCCUUUGACGCUUUCUUUCUUCUCUGCCUCAGUUCUCUGCCUUCGGAGGACGAGAGAGAGAAGGAGGUGCAGAAUUGGGUGGGAAAGAGAGAAAGGAAGGCAAGGAUCGUCGGAGCUUAGGGAUUCCUUCCUAUCAUAUCUUACUGCUGGCUCGGGAAUAAUGUCUUCUCCUUCAGCUGACUGCGACCCUUUUGAUGCAGUAGUUAGAGAGCGAAUCAAUGUGGCACCUCAAGUGGAUGACAAUAGCUCCUCAGAUUGGCAAACACCUGAUGUCUUAGAUGCCUUAGACCCAUAUAUAAAUGAUCUGUGCUUCACUGAAAUUCCUACUGAGAGGAUAAGUUUAUUUGGCAAUAAUGUCAAUUAUAGUAUCUUUUCUGAUCAUGAAUUUUCUGGGACAAAUUUGAUGUAUGAUGCCACAGAGGCAUUCAUGCUUUUUCCCUCCUUUGAGAAAACAAUGGAGGCAACAGACUCCCAAUAUGGGGCUUCUUGUGAAGAGUCUCAGCAGAUGUCUGAUAAUGCAUGGUUUCAGCACAUGUGCCUUCAGACUAAGUCAGCUCAAGAUUUUGAAGUCAGCCACUGUCCGAUUGAUUCCAAUGAAGUAGAUUAUUCUGAUCCAGAGUCCUUCAUUAAAACUUUUUUUGAUCUGUCAGAUGAAUCUAAUUCAUUGCCUGCGCUAGUAAGCAAGGAAACAAGCAAAAAGAAGCAUACCCUUGUUCUUGAUUUGGAUGAAACGCUAGUCCAUUCUACAUGGGAGCCAUGUUAUGGUGUUGACUUCACAAUCCAUUUCGCUGAUAAUGAUAACAAGGACCAAACUGUAUAUGUACGAAAAAGGCCCUUCCUUGAAGUGUUUUUGAAAAGAGUAUCAGAGAUUUUUGAAGUCAUCAUUUUCACAGCUAGUCAAAGGUGUUACGCAGAAAAGCUGCUGGAUGUUCUGGAUCCGGACGGAAAAUUUUUCUCUGGUAGAAGAUACCGAGACUCAUGCAUCUUAUUGGAUGAAGUGUACACUAAAGAUUUGACAGUUCUUGGCCUUGACCUUGCAAAAGUAUUUAUAAUUGACAAUUCUCCUCAGGUAUUCAGGUUGCAGCCUGAUAAUGGGAUCCCCAUUGAAAGUUGGUUUGACGACGCUUCUGAUUCUUCUCUGAUGUCCUUGCUUCCGUUUCUCGAGACAUUUGUUGACGUGGAUGAUGUUCGACCUGUCAUUGCAAAUAAAUUCAGGGCUUGGAGGUAUUAGUGGUUUUAACUCAGUUCCACUUCUAUUGGAUUGGUGGAUCUCUUGGUCUUCUAUUUGAAGCAGUAGCUGGAAUCUUAGUCCUAGGAUUACCUGUCCAAUUGUCCAUAUUCUGUGAGUUCAAAUAACCCCACUCAAGUAUAUAUGCCUUUAGUACGUGUAGAAAAUAGUUUUGCCUAGAAGUAAAUUUUUUCAAAAAAAUAAUUUAGCUACGUUUCCUGGCUUUUUUUAGUUGUUCUCUAUAGGGAGUUUUCAUAAACGGCUUAGCGCCCAGUUUGCCAGAUUUUUGUAAGUAAAAAUUUUGCUUAUAAUGAAGUUAUUUGGUUUUUUUUUUUUGGGUUAA